UCCUCUCUCCCUAUUUUCAUGCUUCGAAUAUUCCCCCCAAAUUCCCCUGCUUAAUCCCCAUUUAUUAUCCCAAAUCCCUAGCUUUCUCCCUUCAAAAAUGUACAGUUUGACGAGGAUGAAGAGAGUCACUGAUCCGUUGGAUGAGAAGGUGAAGGCGCGGAUCGUCGGAUUCAGCAGCGGAAGCGAGCACAGCGCCGCCGCCGACGACGACGGCGACAGCCUCUCCGAGCUCUUCUUCGGCUUCAAAUCGUCGCCGGACUGCUGCUGCGGCUCCGAUUCGGAGACCGAUUUUCCCUCCGAAUCGCCGAGCUGCCGGAAUUCAGAUCCGAUCACUCCGAUCGCGGUGGAUCGGACGGACGAGUUCAGGAACGCGCUCGCUGCUCGCGCGGCGAGUGCGGUUCAGAUCUACUCCUGCGGCGCUGGAUCGCCGGAGAAGCAGAUCCUGCGGAGGAAUGUGAUGUUGUUUCUGAGGAAUUGUGGCUACAAUGCGGCGAUUUGCAAGACGAAGUGGCCGAGCUGCGGCGGACUCACCGCCGGCAGCUACGAAUUCAUCGACGUCCUGACAGCGGAUCCGUCGCCGGCGCGGUACUUCGUCGAUCUGGAUUUCGCGGCGGAAUUUGAGAUCGCGCGGCCGACGAUCGCCUACGAGCGGAUGCUGCAGCUCCUGCCGAGGGUUUUCGUCGGAAAAAUCGACGAUCUGAAGCAGAUCCUGAGAUCGGCGAGCGACGCCGCGAAACGGUCGCUGAAGAGCCGGGGGCUCCACCUGCCGCCGUGGAGGAAGCACCGCUUCAUGCAGAGCAAGUGGCUCGGACCGUACCGGCGGACGACCAACGCCGCGACGGCGUCGUUUCCGUCGAAAGCGCUCGCGGUCGACGCAGGUUACGGCGUUAAGUGCCGGGCCGUCGGAUUUGACGCCGGACGGUUGAUUGCGCCCUCCGCAGCCCGUACGAGAUGAUUAAUUGCAGGGGAAUAUUAAUAUAAUAUAAUAUUCCUGUAUUUUUUGAGAGUAUUUUAAAAUAUUUAAUUUUUGUUUUUUAGUUUAGGUGUUGUCGUGUAGUGAUGGAGGAGCCCUUGUUUAUUUUGUGGAAGCGUUAUCCAUUUGGUGAAAUCGAUAACAUACGCGGCAAAUGCACUUCGUGAGUGUGACGGCGCACAUUAGCUUUA